AUUAGGCCCCCUCCAAAAUCCGUCCCCCACAUUGGACCUCCCAUCCCGCACCCACCCCUCUGUCAGAAGAGCGCAGACAUAGAUUUUAUAACAUGGCACCAUAUCGAUAUGGUCAACCAGCCCUCAAGAGCAGCGUCGACCUGCAGCUGCAGACGGCGUUUCGCGAUGGCAACUGGCACACCGUAAUCCGUCUUGCGGCAAAGAGGGCUGCCACCCUCAAAGACCCCUACUAUGAGGCCAUCAAGAUCUGCGCCGAGUCUCAGCUCGACGGCGCAGCUGAAAAGUGCGGCGCUCUGGUCGCUAUUGAUGAGCUCGUCAAGAACAAAAAGACGCCAGAUAUUGACACCAUCGAGCUCUACGAAUGGGCCUGUCGUGACUUCUUUGACUACGAUGUCGAGUACGCCGACACCCUCGGACCCCUGAGGGCCCGCUGGGCCAAGGCCAACCCCAGCAGCCCCCUGGCCCUGCAGUGUCUCCAAGCCUGUUUGGAGAGGUGGGAUCUCGUGAGCGCUCAGCAGAUCGCGACGAGUCUUGACAAGGCUCACGCCAACACUUCCGACCGGCGAUACAUGUUUUGGAAUAUCAUCCUCACCUUCCUCCUUUCAAUCAGCCCGCAGUGCACCGAUGCCAGCCGUAAGGUCUACAGCUUGCUGGCGGUCAGACAGCUCGAAAGGGCGGCAGACCUGACCGACAAUUCAGCCAAGUUGGAACCCACGGACAGGGGCCUCCUCACGGAGGAAGAGGUCAGCCUCUACUACCGAGUAUUGCGCAGCCACGGCACCAAGGAAGAAUUUCUUUCUCGGAUCAAGAGCCCGAAGCUCGGCGCCAUCAGCCAGCUCAAGGAGGGCAGAAAAUCUCUCCUGUAUGAGGCCUUGGACGCACUCGAGGCAUGGGGCGAGUGGGACCUCACCUACAGCUUGUGCCGUGAAGCUCUCUCCCUCGGCUUGGAAGGAGGCAGCUCCCCGUUCUUUGUCUGCGACCUGCAGAUAUGGAAAAAGUUCGCGACUGCCGCUAGCAAGGUGCCAGACUCGGACAGUGCGCUCGGCGAGGUACAGGCAAUUCUGAACAAAUAUAUCGAGAUUAAGGACAAGGCGAGCGCCAUGUACAAGAAGAAUCUCAGCCUCGCCCUGUUGGAGACCACCUUUCGGCUACCCGCAUCUGUCUUGAAACCGAACCACGACAACACCGGCCUAUCGCCCAGGGUAGUACAGAUUGGCCUGUUCCUUGAACAGUACUUUGAGAGACUGUCCGCUUUUGACGACGUCAAAGGCUAUGUGGCUGAACUUGGGUUUGAGGAGAUCAAGACGCUUAUGGAGGAUGUGCUCCCGAAGAUGCUCGGCGAGGACUCCGACAAGGCGCGGAAAGCCGUCCUGGAUGCGUUACAAUGCAAACUACGGUACCUUCUGUCCACUUGCCCACAAACGCUCUCAUCCCAACCCUCUGUUGUCGACGGCGAAACCCAAGAAAAACCUUUCCUGUGCCGGCUGUGCAACAAUCCUGCCUCGCUCCCGUGUGAGUCGUGCUUGAAGAAGCUCACAGUCGACGCCGCGAGCGCGUAUAAGCAAAUAACCGGUGACAAAGAGCUCGUGGACUCCAUCCCCCGUCUGGACAAGGACCCGCGGUUGGACCUGGCCCUCGUUAUGGGUGCCUCCCUCCUGAAGGUGUCUGGGUUGCGGCCGCGGAACACGGACGUGGUCCAGUCAUUAUGGAAGACAGUGGACCCUGGCCUGUUCCUGCAAGCAGUGCUGCUCCUGGACGCUCAGCUGAAGGAGACGCCCGGCGACACCGAGCUGCGGCUGCUGCUCGUCCAGCUGUAUUUGUUGCUUGGUUGUGCUUCGUACGCCUACCAGCUCUGGACGCCGCUCGAUGUCAAGCGGACAAUUCAGGACGCCCUCAGUCCGCUGUUUUUUGACAGGAUAUCCGCGCUCUCGCCGGGGCUGUUCCACGGAACCCGUCCCCUAAUGGAACCCUUGCGCAGCUUUUACAGCCACAACUUGGCAGAUAGGUCGCCCGUGCGCAUCUGGGACGCCUUCUCGGCGGGUAGCUACACAAGCAUCCUCGACAUGGUCCGGUAUGAUGGCAACUUGCGCAGGAGUUGUACCGUCAUGAUGACUUUGGUGGAGGAGAGACGAGCCAUCCGGUGCUAUGGUGGAAAGAUCGAUGUCGAAAUCGUAGAGCAUUUCCUUACUGAAAACAUUGAUGACAACACGACCCUUGUCAACAAUACCGACUACGGGCCGUUCCCGAAUCUCGAGAGCCCCCACGGCCCCCCAAUCCACGAGUUUCUCCGUCUCGGGCCAGGUCUUUCGAACGAACGGUCGCACCUCGCCUUCCUCUCGGAGCAGUACCUAGACCUGCUCCUAUACAAACCCCCUAAGGACUACAAGCCAUCGAAGCAAACCGAGGUCGCACACCGCGACCGCGAGUACACGCUUGAGACACUCUCGCGCCUCAGCAAGUCCCUCAACGACUUCCUGCAGCAGCCUUCCACUCCGUCCCGUCUGACGCCGGCCGAAAUGACCUACUACACCGUGGUCUCGUUGCUGGCCGCAGCCCUCCUGAUCGCCCUCUCCACGCCGCGGUCCGAUCCCGUCCCAAAGACCCUCUCACUCCUCACGAGUUCAAUCAAAUCCGCCCUCACCUCCCUCCGCACCGAUUAUUUUGCCAUCUCUUCCCCUUCUCCUCAGCCCAGCCAAACGGGAGCAUCUAAAACAACCACCAAGGCCGGGCGGCGGUCGCUGCUCCCCGGCGUCUCCCCCUCCCUGACGGAGAUGCCCACGUUCUCGGCCCUCCGCGACACGGCCCUCGCCAUCCGAUACAGCGCGGCGUUUGUGACGGCCGCCCACGACAGGGAGCUGGCGCGCGACCGGAGUGGGCGCUCGGGCGUGCACCGCGACGUGCUGGCCGAGAUGCGCGCCCUGGACGGGGCCGCAGCAAAGGUGCUGGGCGAGGUCAAAGGCCACGUGCAGCGGCUCAAGGAGGUACUUGGGGAAGCCGGCUGGCUGGACCGGAUUCUGGAGCUGGUCUUUGCAGGGGAGAAUGAGGAGGAUGGUGAGGAUGAGGUGGCCCGGGCGGUGGAGGAGGUCAUCGGGGGCCGUGCCGCGGCCGAGGAGUGGGCUGGAAAGGUGGUGGAGAGCUGGAGGGAGGGCGUGAAAGGGUGGGGGAUGGUUAGGAUGGAGUAGAAGCAAAGGGGGAUCGUGGAAGUAGAGGAGAUGGUGGUGGGAAGAGAAGAGUGAGCCAAGAAACAUAGACGGUAUAAGCAGAAAAGGCACGAAAAUGCGCAAGAAGCCGAACUCAAAAAUUGAUUCCCGCAUUCCUGUCCCAUGCACGCCGCUCCUCCAUUAAUGCUAUCCUGUCCAACCAAUGCAUACGCCCCCCAAG